CCAUGAAUUAUUUCUUAUUUAGUAGCAUUUACAAGCACACACUCCUAUCCAUUGUACCUCCCUGCCACUUUUUUAAAAUGUAGACGUUACAUACAAGCUGAUUUGCACGAUUAGCCGCUGAGUUUGUAUCUUCUGAUAUGAACAUUUUCUGUUUGCUGUACAUACUCUGCGUAACAGAUGUUUUUAGCUACAUACUGACAGGUUUAAACAGCCAUGCAAGAAAUGGCCGAGUUUGGAUGUCUUGGGGGUAUCCUAUCUUUGAUGAUGGACCCAGGCGCAAAAGAAGACGCAAAGUCGACCAAGCGUUUGAAAGAGGACCGAUGAGGAUUAACACACCGCUAAUCUAUCAGUAUGCCAACAGACUUGCCCAGAACACGUAUCACGUCCCAGGGUAUGGCAUCUUGCCUUAUAUCCAGGAAGAAGGUUUAGGAGCUUCGGAAGACGUCUAUACCAGCCCUGAAACUGCCUGCGGAGGUAUUGACAUAGAUGAGGAGGAGUUUGAGAAAAUCAAGAGUGUUUACAAAAUUUUUAAUGAUAACGGCUGCGGUGUAUUAAAGAUAAUUGGCGCCAAAUCGCAGCAUUUUGCAUUCCUAUACAGUGGACCAAUAAAGGAAAAACACGGAAUAAAGUGUUAUCUCAGGUUUUUAAUAAACAGGGUGUAUCCAGGUUCAAAGGUGACAGUACUCACUGAUCUAUCGAGCGAGGAGUCUAUUAUAUCAAAGGGUGUAGAUGACAAACUAUUUGGAAAGCAAAAGAGAAUGAUGAUCACUGGCAGAGACUAUUACGAAUCACAUGACGAUGGUCUUCCAAGUGAUACGGGACCAAUUAAGAAGUUCGACAUGCUCACAUAA